GUGGUGCCCAGGGCCAUUGUGGCGAAACAGCCCUGCUGGUCCAGUGAGAGUGCGUCCAGAACUCCAGGCUUGGCUAUCUUUAAAACACCUAGCCGGGUCGCCCACCCGGCACCCUGGCCGCGUGCACCUUUCCCGCCGCAGGCAUGCUGCCUUGAGCGACUGACCCCCCCCCUGGAGAUCGUGCAUGCCAGCCUGGCCAGAAACGGAGGACUCUGCAGACCCAGUCCUCCUCAUAUCUCUUCUGCACAGAAACGCAUGCUCCUGUGUUACCCACGGCUUCCAGAACCGCUGAGGCGGGAGGCCCCCAGCUCUACCUCAUGUUUGGGGCCCCUUGCUAACUAUGGCCCCGACACUCGUCUUCCUGCUGCUGCUGGGGCUGUGUUGGAAUACCGUUUCAGAGGGGCCACCGUCAUCCACAAGGGGUUCUGAUGUUCCGGAAUUUGAACUGCCGACAAUGAACUAUGACACGAAAGACUCGUAUAAACCUGGAUCCAUUGGCGUUCUCUUUCAAAUUGUGCACACCUUUCUCCAUGUGGUGCAGCCCAAUGCUUUCCCUGAAGAUAUUUUAAGGAAAAUAAUACAAAAGAAGUUUGACCUCUCAACUGAUUAUGAGAAGCCAGAAAAUGUAGUCUUGACUCUGAAGAUCAUCCACUAUGAGAUCGGGAUUAUUAUCUGUGCUGUCCUGGGACUGCUUUUUGUUAUUCUGAUGCCUCUGGUGGGGUUUUGCUUUGGUUUGUGUCGUUGCUGUAACAAGUGUGGCGGAGAAAUGCACCAGCGACAGAAGAAAAAUGGGACCUUCCUGAGGAAAUGCUUUGCAGUCUCUCUCUUGGUGAUUUGUAUAUUUAUAAGCAUUGGUAUCAUCUGUGGUUUUGUGGCAAACCACCACCUGAGGACCCAGGUUGAAAAGACUCGGACACUGGCAGACAGUAAUUUCAGAGACUUGAGAACUCUCCUGAAUGAAACUCCAUCGCAAAUCAGCUAUGUACUGGACCAGUAUACUCUCAUUAAGGAAAAGGCAUUUUCAGAUCUGGACAAUAUUAAGUCAUUGCUAGGAGGUGGGAUUCAUGAACAACUGAGACCUAAAGUGAUCCCCGUUCUUGUUGACAUCAAGACCAUGGCAGAAGCAAUCAAAGAAACCAAAGAAGCCCUGUUGAACGUGAACAAUACCUUAGAGGAGCUGAAAAAAUCAACUGCACAACUUAAUAGCAGCCUGAGUGACAUUAAAACGAACCUGGAGCAAUCGCUCAAUGACCCCCAGUGCUCUGUGCCUUCAAUGACGGCCACUUGUAAUGACAUCAGAAAGACUCUAGACCACCUGGAUGACAACACCAGUGUGGAUCAGCUCCCAUCUUUGCAUAUGCAACUUGAUAAUGUUAAUGAUGUUCUUCGAACUGAUUUGUCCAGCCUGGUUCAAAAGGGCAAUAAAUCCUUUAAUGAUAUACCUGAGAUGGUACAAAAUCAAACCACAGACAUGGUAUCAGAUAUCAAAAGUACCUUGAAUUCCAUUGGUUCAGAUAUCAAAAAUAUAAAUGAACAGAUUUCUAUCCAGGAUAAUCUGUCAAUUUUCAUGGAUCCCAUUAAUUCCGUUGAGACUUACAUCCACCAAAAAUUACCCACCUUGGAAGAAUAUGAUUCAUACAGGUGGCUGGCGAGCUUGGUUGUGUGCUGCUUGCUGUCUCUCAUCGUGAUUUUUUAUUACCUGGGCUUACUGUGUGGCGUAUUUGGCUAUGACCGGCAUGCCACCCCAACCCGACGAGGCUGUGUCUCAAACACCGGAGGUAUCUUCCUUAUGGCCGGAGUUGGAGUCAGUUUCCUCUUUUGUUGGAUAUUGAUGACCAUUGUGGUUCUUACUUUUGUUGUUGGUGGAAAUGUGGAAAAAUUGGUCUGUGAACCUUACCAAAACAAGAAGUUGUUCCAGAUUUUGGACACACCAUAUUUACUAAAUGAGAAUUGGAAAUACUAUCUCUCUGGCAUGGUAUUUAACAAACCGGAUAUUAAUCUCACUUUUGAACAAGUUUACAGUGAUUGCAAAGAAAAUAAAGGUAUUUAUGCCACACUUAAGCUGGAGAACCACUACAAUUUUAGUGAACAUCUCAACAUUCUAGAGCAUACCGGAAACAUAAACAGCAGUUUUGAAAACAUGAACGUCAGGAUUGACAAUAUUGUUCUGCUGGACGCAGCAGGAAGAAAAAACCUUCUAGAUUUCAGCUCUUCAGGAGUAGACCAAAUAGAUUAUGAGGCUUACUUGGCCGAGAUAGCUAAACCUCCCACAAAAGUGAAUCUUUUGUCAUUUGCAGAUGAACUAGAAAGAAAAGCCAGCCAGUUGCCCCCUGGAAGCUUGAAACAGUCCCUGACAAGUAAUGCACAAACGAUUAGAACACUUUACCAUGACCAAGUCAUGCCUUUGAGACAAUUGAUGGGAAGUUUAUACCGACGUAUCCAGAGUCUUCAACACAAAAGCACUGGAUUGGGGGAAAAAGUGGCCAAUAUCAUUACUUCUUUGGAUUCUGCUCAGGACUUCAUCACAAACCGUAUUUCCUCUGUUAUUGUUCAAGAAAGUAAGAAGUAUGGGAAUAUGAUACUUGGAUAUUUUGAACGUUACCUGCAGUGGGUCAAGAUCUCUAUCACCGAGCAAAUUGCAGCCUGCAAACCUGUGGCCACUGCUUUAGAUUCUGCUGUUGAUGUCUUCCUGUGCAGCUACAUUAUCGAACCCAUGAAUCUGUUUUGGUUUGGCAUUGGAAAAGCUACCAUAUUUUUACUUCCGGCUAUCAUUUUUGCUGUCAAGUUGGCCAAGUACUAUCGUCGAAUGGAUUCAGAGGAUGUGUAUGAUGAUUCCUCUGUCUCGGGUACUUGGCACUUUACUUUAUAACUGUUUUUACUACUUUGUAUUUGACUCUGUAGUCCGCCCUUCUCUGUGUCUGGUGAACUUGUACGCUUCAUUUUUACUUCAUUCAUCUUCUUCUCAACACGUGUUUCUCCUGAAUUUAUUCCGUCAGCCAUCUGUAUUAGAGUAAAUGUGGGGAGUGCAGCUGUUGAAUAAUUAAAAAAAAAUAAUUGUAUCUUCUUUUUUGUAUUUUAUAGUGUUGAAACUGUACCCAUGAAAAAGUAAGCCUUUUCUUUUUAGAACCAUAUUCAUAAGAUGGGACAGGGCGCUCUUUAUUAUUAUAUAAUACACUUUUUAAAGUAAAUCAGUAACAUUUUAAAAUUACAUAACAAUAGUGGAUAUGCUCAGAUUAUAAAUGCUGAUGACUCUUAAAACGAGGACUGGUACCUAGAGGGUGCUGAUGAAAUACUUGUUGAAUUAAUGAAAAUUUUAUGUGGUUAAUUUAUUAAUAUAUAAAAUUAUUGUUUUGGUAUUUGUGUUUUAAAAGGAGCAAAAUGUAAAUAUACCUUUUUGCCUUCUUUGUAGAUUUAACAAGUUGUCACAUACUUUAAAUGACUAUUAUAUUAUCUUUGUAAUCCAUGAUGUCAGUACUUCAUCUUAAAGAUAACGUGGUGCUUUUGGUAUAUUUAUUUUUGUUACAGUAUGCAAAAGGGUCAUAUUGGCUUUCAUAGACAUCAAACCACUCAGGCUCUAUGAACAAAGUUUUUAAACAGAACCAUCCGCACGAGUUCUUGAUCUGCAGCAUCUCCAAAGAAUGGAAAAGAAACAUGCCCUUCAGGACUUCUCAUAUUUGGUGACACCAUAUGAAACGUACCGCCAGGUCCCAGAAAGAAAAGCAUGCAUACAUACCUAUUUUCCACCUUUAGAAGUUUGGCUUUAAUCAUCUGAGCCUUCUGUGAAAGUUUAAAUAUGUUACACAUUCAUUAACUUUCAGUUUAGCCUUUGGGACCAUACAUGAAUUUUGUCACAUUUUGUUGCAUGGGAACUUAGGCCUGUAGUUAAGAGCAAGUUCAGCAAGUAGCAGAAAUGUGUGUGAACAAUAAAAGAAUGAUUUCAGAAA